AUGUCAAAGACACAAUUAUCAAAGGAAGAAUACUUAAAAAAGUACUUAAAGCCUAAGGGUAGUAGCAAGAAGACAGAUGGUCAGGUUCAUUAUAUCACAGGUGAAAUGCCUGAUACAUUAGAUGCCUACGAGGAGGUAACGAAAGCUCAAAUUAGCAAACGUCCACUGUUAAAAUUCAAUGAAGACGGUGAAAUCUUACCUUUGAUUGAAGAGACACAGGUCCGAAAACGUACCAAGGGAAUUCCUUCUGAAGAAGAUUUACAAAAUCAGCUCGAAAAGGCACGCAGAAAGGCUGAGCUUGAAGCCAAAUAUCAACUUUGGAAUCGAGGUAUCGACACAAUCAAGGAGGAAGAACAAAAACUACAAGAUGCCCAGUAUGAAGCGUCGAAACCACUUGCCAGAUAUGCAGAUGAUCAAGACCUCAAUUCUAAAUUAAAAGAUAUUAUUCAUGCAGAUGAUCCCAUGAGUGCCUACUUUGCUGAAAAGGAGAAAAAGAAGAAGGAAAAAGAGAAAAAAAAGGGAAAAAAGAAGUCAAAAAAGGGGGAGCAUGGCAGUGGGGAUGAAUCUAAUGCGGAAGAGGAGAUAGAUGACAGGCCUCGGUACAAGGGACCUACCCAGCCCCCUUCCAACCGAUUUGAUAUUUGGCCGGGCUAUCGAUGGGAUGGCGUUGACAGAAGCAACGGUUUCGAGAAAAAGUACAUGGAGGAGAUGGCAAGAAGGAAGGUGGAAAGAGAAGAGUUCUACAAAUGGUCAGUGGAAGAUAUGUAA